AUGCCAUCUGUUUCCAAUCUAAACUACGAAAAGCCGGUCCUGUUAUCACUGUCGCAAAUUGAAAACAUAGCCAUCAUCGGUGGUGGUGCUUCUGGAGCCAUCAUCUUGGAUAGUUUACUCAAAGAGCCGAACUCCAACAUCAAAAGUAUAACCGUUUUUGAAAGACAACAAAAGUUGGGAGGGGUCUGGUACUUUAAUCCAGAAACUAUACAAACACCCAACCACAUAAUAAAAGCAGGUAAUAUCAAUUUCCAAAAUGAUCCACAAUUGGAAAACCCAUUUCAUGAUCACAAAUACACGCGAAAGUUGAUUUUACCAAAAAGCACUCAAGAACGGUUUAUUCAAACGCCCAGUUAUUAUGGGAUAAAAACCAACAUCAUUGAAAAGAUGAUGACUUAUAGUGACCUGAACGAAUGGCCAGUAGAGGGUACUGCCGAAGACCGAAAAUAUGUGGAGGGCACUGUGGUGCAAGAAUAUAUUGAAAACUAUGUUGGUCGAAAUUUGGACGACCCUAGAGUCACUUUGAAACUUGGAUCAACUGUUGAAGAUGUGGAAAGAGUGGAUAGAAAUGAUGAUCUGACUACAAUUUUGCCGUAUAGAUUCAAAUUGACCGUGCGAGAACAAUUCGACGACAAACAAGAUUAUUGGUACCAGCAAGAGUUUGACUCUAUUGUUGUUGCCACUGGUCAUUACCACGUUCCUUAUAUUCCUCAUGUGCCUGGAUUACAAGAAGUGCAAGAAAAGUUUCCAAAUGUGGUGCAACAUGCCAAAUUCUACCGUGAUUCAGACUCAUACAAAAACAAAACGGUAGUUGUUGUUGGUUCUCGUGCGUCGGGUAGUGAUCUAGCCAAGUUUGUUGCUAAAGAGCCUGGGACUACGGUUUACCAAUCCAUUCGAAACCUUGACCGCACCAAAGUUCUCUCAACAAGGCCAAAUGUACACAGUAAGCCUGUAAUCGAAAACAUACAAUUGUCUGAUGACAAUAAUGGUAUUACUGUGACAUUUGCGGAUGGUUCUACACUUACGAAUCCUGACCAUAUAAUAUAUUGCACUGGCUAUCUAUUUUCCUAUCCCUUUUUGGAUAGAUUGUUUGACAAGUCACUCACCAAUGAAGGAAUCACGGUGUCCAACUUAUACCAACACACAUUCAUCAUCAAUGAGCCAUUGAUUACCAUCAUAGGUGUUCCUAUAGAUGGCGUCUCCUUCAGAGUGUUUGAAUACCAAGCGAUUUUAUUAGCCAGGUACUUGACAGGCAAGAUUGAGUUGGUUUCGCGAAAUAAACAGCUUGAAUGGGUCAAAGAGAGAUACCAAUCGAAAGGAAACUCGAGACUUUUCCACACAAUUGGUGUAACUGAUGCUUUGGAGUAUGCGAGGACGUUGACUCAAUUGGGUCAAGUACUGGAAAAGACAAAGGUUGGACGUGAGUUUCCUGUGAUGACGGAUGAGGAUAUUGCGGUAUACAAAGCAGCCGGAGAAAGAUUAAGGAAAUUUUGGGACGAAAGGUAG